AAAUUUGUUCCAGGUCUAUGAUGAGAUUCGAACCUUCAAUCCCUCUGAUUAGAAAAUAUAAAUAAUUUAGAAAGACAAUUAUUCAAUAAUAACUUAUUAUAAUUAAUUACUAUUUUCUUUCGUGAAUGUAAUUCAAGAUUAGCAAAAAUAGGUCUCGUUUUUCCUUGGCAACAGAAAACUUCUUUUCUUAGCAAGAAUAAUAAACCAGAAAAUAGUAGUCGUCAAAAAUACUAAAAACAGAGUACUAAUAAUUGUCAAAAAUCUCCGCACCACUUCCACUUCCACUUCCUUCUUAUAGUUGGGACUUCGAGAACUGGAUCGUGUUUGGUACUCUCGCCCCUCAAAUACUGCACACAAAAUCAAGCAGUGUUAUUUGUGGAGCCAAUUAUCAAUUUUUGAAUAACAGCAAGAAUGGACAAAGGAAAAGCAAUCAUGGGUUCGGGUCGCAGAUGGGCUGUAGAUUUUACAGAUAAUUCGUCCGCGCCUUCAACCAGAGAUAUCCCUGACCCUCUUGGGUUUAAUCGCUCCUCCCAUGAUCAGGAUGAUUCGACGGUGAGUAAACAGAAGAAGGAUUCUGAAGCCAAUUGGAAAACCCAGAAAGCUUGGGAGGUUGCGCAAGCUCCUUUUAAGAACUUGAUGAUGAUGGGAUUUAUGAUGUGGAUGGCUGGAAGCACAGUCCACCUGUUCAGCAUUGGUAUCACUUUUUCAGCCCUGUGGCAGCCAAUAAGUGCUCUUCAAGGAAUUGGGAAAGUCUUUGAUCCCUACAAGGACAAUAAAGUUGAUCUUCUCGCGCCAAAAUUGGUGUACAUUGCCCUUAAUUUGGCUGGUUUGGGGUUAGGCGUCUGGAAGCUUAACACAUUAGGCCUUCUUCCAACUCAUGCGUCUGAUUGGGUUUCGUCCUUGCCUCCUGCUCAGGAGGUAGAGUAUUCGGGUGGAGGUAUUCCUUUAUUAUAGGCUACACUUAUUGGACAAGAGUUCAAAGAGCAAAUUUCUUGAAGCUGGAUCUGUUCCCUAUAACAUAUGUGAUAUGACCAUGCUUCCAUUUCUGGGCAUGUACUUCCUAUUUUAUGUUACCAUAUACUAUUCAAUCUUCAAUUUGGUCUAAACUUUUAUUAGUCACAUGGCGUGAACUAAUAAGUGCCAUUUUUGUAGACAUUUUAUAUUCAGCAUGGUGUAACAAAAGACUUGAAAUUGUAGCUUAAACUCCAUUGUAUUACUACUACUUUGUAGUGAAAGAUUAACCCUCAUUUGUAAUUGUCAGAAAUGGAGGGGUGGUUAUGCGCAAUUUUUAUGAAGCACUUGGUUUAUUAGAGUUGAUAGAAACCUAUUAUUCUCCGUAGAAAACUAAUAGUUGUUCAAGCAAGCUCGUGUUUUCUACUGAUCCACUUUUUCAGGUUCUGG